UCUGUGCACAGACGCUUUGUAUACCCUACGGAUCGAAAAGUGAGGGUAUCUCUGUGGGUGACACGGGAGCAGCGAUGGAAUAUCUAAAGACAUUACUCGCAUCAGAGGCAUUUUGCAAAUGAUAGGAAUUAGAGACCAGCCCAGCUCUGCCACAGUGAAGCGGCUGCCAAGAUGGAUAAAGGUGAAGAGGAGAAGAUGUCUGAGAAGAAAGGUCCGGUCAUUUUGAUCAAGAACUCAGGCUAUGGAAACCUGCAGGUGAAUGAUGAGGCGUUGAAGAUCCUCUCACAGAUAAACCAGCCUGUUGUGGUUGUGGCAAUAAUCGGAUGGUACCGCACGAAAAAUUCUUAUCUGAUGAACAAUUUGGCUGGAGAGCUGACAGGCUUCUGUCUUGGAUCAAUUGUUCAGUCGGAGACCAAAGGAAUCUGGAUGUGGUGCAUGCCUCACCCUGGGAACGACAACCAAUGCCUGGUACUGCUGGACACUGAGGAUCUGUGCGACAUUGAGAAUGGCGAUGGCCGGAAUGACGGAUGGAUUUCAGCACUGGCUCUGCUCUUGAGCAGCACGCUGAUCUACAACAGCACAGAAACCAUCAACCAGUGGUCCAUCGAGAAACUGCACAAAUUCAUCGAAUUGACCGAGGUCAUUAAAGGCAAGUCGUCAAAUGGGAAGUAUGAUCCCUCCCAGUUUGACAACGUCAUCCCGGGUUUCGUUUGGACAGUUUUGGACUUCAAUUUGAAACUGGAAAUAAAUGGGACUCCCGUGACUGCGGAUGAAUAUUUGGAGUACGUUCUGAGAUUGAAGCCGGAUGUCAGCAAGAGAAACAUCGAGCACAACCUUCCAAGAGAACGCAUCAUGAGUUACUUCCCCAAUCGAAAAUGCUUUGUGAUGAACCCUGCCUCCAAGAAGCUCACCAGGACAUUUCUGGAUUAUAUGUACAGGAUGGCACAGACAAAGAGAGACAUACACGGCCGUGAAGUGACCGGGAAAAUGUUGGCUCCGAUGGUGACCACCUAUGUGACGAUGAUCGACAGUGUGCGGGUGCCGUGUCUUGAGAAUGCAGUAACAACAAUAUCUCAGAUUGAAAACACGGCUGCAGGGAGGGAAGCAUUGGAAUUUUACAAGGAAGCGAUGAGUGAAGUAAAGCCACCGAUACAAUCUUUGGAUGCGUUAUCCACAGUGCACGAGCGGUGCCGGUCUGAAGCUCUCCAGGUGUUUCUGAAACGAAGUUUCAAGGAUGAAGGUGACAAGUAUCAGGCGGAACUAGAGAGAAAUAUGGCCACGCUCUAUGAGAUUUUCCAGAAAAAGUUUGAGCUUUCUGAACGUGAUCUGCUGGAGCUGCUUGAGCCCAUAGAGAAAAGAAUCAUGGGAGCAGCAUGCAACAGACCGGGAGGAUAUGCUGAGUUUGAGAAUGAUAAGGAUGCACUGAUCAGCAAACAUCACAAGAAUCCUGGAAAAGGACUCCAGGCAAAAGACACUCACCAGGAGUUCCCGAAAAACAAGGAGCAGCAUCAGAUUGUCCAGCAAACUUCCAUCACUUUGUCUGGGAAAGAAACGGCGCUCAGAGCCGAACCCAAGGAACCAGAACUGAUGAAGGAAACUAGGGAAGAGGAAUCUAUUGCUCACCAGCUACUGACUGCAGAGCAGCGUUUGAGAGAGGAAAAGAUCCAACAUUUGGAAAUGUCUCUAGACGAACAGAAUAAGAAGAGAGUGGAGGAGCAGAAAGCAUUGGCAAGUGAAUUACAGGAGCAGCAACGUUUCCUGAGAGCAGAGAAAGAUAAGACUGCAGCGAUGCAGCGGCAGAUGGAAGACCUGUACAUAACAAUCAAGAUAUCGUCUGAACAGAUUGAGGAGCAACACAAAUCCAAUGCUAAUAAACUGCAGGAGCAGGAAGAUUCAUUGAGAAAAGAGUUCCAGAAGGAAAUUGCAGAAUUGGAGAAUCAGAAGGAAGCUCAACUCAAGAGAAUAGAACUGAUGGAGAGCGCGAGGAAGGAGGAUUCUCAGGCUUACCAACAGUUUAUUCAGGAGAAGCGUCUGAGUGAGGAAAAUAUCCGUCUCCUGGGAGUGGCUCCGGAGGAUGAGACGGAGAAGUUGCUGGAAGACAAGGGAGCCAUGGAUCGUAGACUGCAGAAGCAACAGCGUUCUCAGAGUCAAGAGUUCCAGGAGAAUUCCGCAGGAAAGGAGCUUCAGAUUAAAGCCCUACAGGAAAGGAUCAACCUGCUGGUGAGACAGAGCGAGGAUGGUUCUGAGGUCCACCAACAGCUGAUUGAGGAGAAGCGUCUGAGAGAAGAAAAGAUCCGACACUUGGAAGUGACACUGGAUGAAGAAAGGAAGAAUUCACGGGAGAACCAUGAAGCAAUGGCUGGCAAACUGCAGGAACAAAAACGUUCAUUGAGACAAGAGUUCCAAGAGAAGUCUGCGGCAAUGCAACAGGAAAUCAGAGACCUACAGGAAAGGUUCAGCCUGCUGGUGAGACAGAGCGAGGAAGAUACUGACAUCCACGAACAGAUGAUAGAGGAGAAACGUGUAAGAGAAGAAAAGAUCCGACACUUGGUGUUGGCUCUGGAGGAAGAAAGGAGAAAAUCGAAGGAGGACCAUGAAGCCAUGGCUCUAAAACUGCAUGAGCAACAAUGUUCAUUUGAUCAAGAGUUCCAGCAGAAGUCUGCAGCGAUGGAGCAAGAAAUCAGAGGCGAACGUGAGGAAGUGGAGAGACUGAAGAGGAUGGAAAUCCGGCAUCGUGAUGAGAGGAUGAGAGAGCGGAAUCGUCAUAGUGCAGCCAACAUUGAAAACAUCAUUGCCAACGAGGCGAAAGACAGGAUGAGGUCACGAGACAGGAACGCCAAUGGUCUGAUACAUCUGGAGAGGAAUUGGAUUCCAGCCUUCCCACUGCCGCCGUAUCUCAAGAGAUACAACUGCCUUCGGAAGCCCAAAACUAGAGACGAGAUCUGGUGGAGAGAGCGACGGAGGAGGAGUCUCGCGCUCACGAAGAGCUGA